UCCUAUUGGAAAAAAGAGGAUGGAUGUGACUACGUGUUUGAAGUCUUUGCUGAUGGCCAUAAACCAAUACAGAGACAGCAAGACAGCGACAAACGCAGCUCAGCUACAGAAACAAGUGGAGGAGGUCUCAGGCCUUAAAUAUGACCAGCUGCUGUCCUCGGGUCAAGUGUUACCUAGUGAGUGUGUGAGUGGGCUGGUGGAGCUGGCUGGAAACCCAAACACCAUUCCUACCUUGACGAGUUCCAUCAUCUCUCUGCUGGCACAGCUCGCCUCUGAUGAUGACACUCGAGAGAUGCUUCACAGCAGCUAUAACCUUACCAGCACCCUGGCCUCUGUUAUCCACUGCCACGGAGCCACACCUGGAGAACCACUGGUACUGCAGUGUCUGCAGGUGCUGCAGAAACUGACAUACAACACCCGCAUCUUCCAGUCCACAAGCUACAUCCAUGAGCUCAUAACAUUUCUCAUGACAAACAUACAGUCUCAUAAUGAUGACAUCAUCAUGCCCUGCCUUGGCCUCAUGGCCAACCUGUGUCGGGAUAGUCACUCAGUGCAGAGCCUCAUCAAAUCUCUGGACAAUGUGAAGCCUUUCUACCGAACCCUGAUUAACUUCCUGGCUCACAACAGUCUGACUGUGGUGGUGUUUACUUUGUCCAUACUGGCGAGCCUCACUCUGAAUGAGAAAGUUGGAGAGAAGCUUUUUGAUGCAAAGAACAUACAUCAGACUUUCCAGCUCGUGUUCAACAUUAUUGUAAAUGGCGAUGGCACUCUGACAAGAAAAUACUCUGUUGACCUUUUGGUUGACCUAUUAAAGAACCCAAAGAUCGCAGAUUACCUCAGCAGGUAUCAGCACUUCUCAGCAUGUGUGUCUCAAGUCUUAGGACUGCUGCACUCAAAAGACCCCGACUCUGCAGCCAAGGUGUUGGAGCUCCUCCUGGCCAUGUGCAGCAUCCCAGGGCUUCGUUCGUUGCUGGUUGAGGUGGUUUUCAAACCAACUGGACCCAAACUCAGAGCUGCAGGACGUAGACAGGGGCCGGGCCUGGAUGGAGGACGUAAGGCAGAGUCUGGACUUGCUCUGGUGCAGUGGCUCAGCUCACCUGUAGAGGGUGCUGAGUCCUGCUCACUCCAGGCUCUGCAGCUGCUGAACGAGCUGCUUGAGGAGGCGCUGGGAGCAGAUACUGUGUCUGCCUGUGUGCUGAGCUUUGUAGAGAUGUUGCUUCCAGUCCUGUUAGGCCUGUUGAAGGGUCUCGAUCCUGCACAAGGAGACGCUCACAUAAGAAAACACUGUUACCACAUCACACAUGUCACCAGUCUGCUGCUAAUCCUGUGCACUGAGGACUCCACCAGAUGUUUGGUGUCUGGGCAGGUGAGCGCUCAGCUCUGCCUCUCACAGGCUGAAUCCCUCCUUUCCUGUUGUCAUAACAACAGCCCCCUCACCUGCCCAUCUCCAGGUUUAGACAACAGUCUCAGUCAGGUGUGCUCUGAGGCUCUGCUGAAGACUCUAGAGUUAAUGAGUAAACUGAGACAGCAGGUGGAGGACAUGGAGACCAGCUUCUACAGGAUGUUACAGGAUCAGAGGAUAGUGAGUCCCCUCUCUCAGGCCCUGACGUCCCAUCACAGAGAGCGUGUGCAGACCGGACUCUCUCUGCUGUUUGAAGCCACGCCCCUUCCAGAUUUUCCCGCCCUAGUUCUGGGUGAAAGUAUUGCUGCCAACAAUGCCUAUCGCCAGAGGGAGGCUGAGCUGUCAGUCAAACGAGUAGCUGUGCAGGAUGUCCCGCCCCCUCGAACAAACAUCAGCGUGUUGGAGUCUUCCACUGGUUCCAGCCGGAGCGUUCACAGUCUGGUAGAGAAAAUACAGAAUGGACUGGAGCUGCAGGAGCAAACUAAGGACUCACGUGUGUCUGAGAUCAUUGAUGUCUAUGAACAGAAGCUCUCAGCGUUUGCAUCUAAGGAGAGUCGACUGCAGGACCUGUUGGAAGCCAAGGCUCUGGCUCUUUCUCAGGCUGACCGUCUUAUCGCUCAGUAUCGCUUCCAGCGAGCUCAGGCUGAGGCUGAGGCUCGUAAGCUGGGCUGUCUGCUGAAGGAGGCGGAGUGUCGGCGUGAGGACCUGCAGGGUGAGCUGGGUAAUCAGGUGCUGGAGGUGGAGCGCUCCAAGGCCGAUAUGGAGGAGCUGCUGCAGCACAACACACGGCUGCAGAAGGACUCUGAGGAACACCAGGCGCUCAAAGGAGCCUACAACGCACUGCUCAACAGGUUUAAUGAAAGUGAGCGUCUGUUGAAGGAGCUUCAGAUGACACACAUAUCCCUCACCACAAAUGACACUCUGAGGAAAAACCACGAGGCUCUGCAGCUUCAGCACGACCAGACGCUGUCAGUAUUACAAGAGAGAGAGGAGGAGAUCAGAUCCCUCCGUUCAGAUCUGCAGCAGAAGGACAGUGACAUAAAAGGUCUGAACGCUAAGUUACAAGCAGAGAUGGAAAAGUUGAAAGAAAAAGAUGGAGAGAAGAGAGAACUGGAGGAGACGGUGGAUGUUCUAAGGAAAGAGCUGAGCAAAACGGAGCAGGCAAGGAAAGACGCCAGCAUCAAGGCGUCUUCUCUGGAGCUGCAGAAGAGCCAGUUGGAGACAAAGCUGAAGCAGAAGGAGGAUGAACUGAACAAACACUCGGCCAUGAUCGCCAUGAUUCACAGCCUGAGCAGCGGGAAGAUGAAGAGCGACGUCAACCUGUCGAUGUGAAGAGCAAACACAGAGGAAUAGACUUUAAAAAUGUCUUCAAAGAAUUCAAGACUUUAAUCUCACAUUAACUUUUUAAAUAUAAUAAAACACUUUUAAUGAAAUGUAUUGAUAUUUUUAAAGUUUAUGUGUCAUUUGUCUUUGUGUGUUUAUGUUAUAGUUUCUGAUUAAAUUGUAUGUUUUAAAAAUGCA